CCGAUAUUGAACUUUAAGUGACCAUCAGACCGGCCUGAAUACCAGAAUCUCUUUGCAACGCACUCGCCUCGCUCAUUACCAGAAGGAGGUUUUACCUGCCUAGUGACCCGGUUGGUCUGGGCAUGAACCCCGAGAGGUGGAAACUCUCAGACUCUCAGGACUGACAGCCAAGUGGCUGGGGACUAUAAAUCCGCGAGAACUGCCGUCGCGCUGCCAUCCAGCUGGGUAGCCGGGGGAGCGCGCGUGGGGGCUCUGCGAGUCGCUCGCCUUUGGUUUCUGGGGAAGCCCGGGGGACGCGGCUGCGGCGGAGGCGCCCGGAGCGUCGCGCGCAGAGCCCCGGGCGCGGAGGGGGGCGCCGCGCCGCCGCGCUUGGCCCCAGCGGGCGUGGGACUGAGCAGUCUGCUGCCCCCCGACAUGUGACCCAACCCCGCCGCCCAUGCGGGCUCCCGGCCGCCCGGCCUUGCGGCCGCUGCUGCUGCCGCCGCUGCUGCUGCUGCUCCUGGCGGCGCCUUGGGAACGGGCAGUUUCCUGUGUCUCUGGUGGUUUGCCUAAACCUGCAAACAUCACCUUCUUAUCCAUCAACAUGAAGAAUGUCCUACAGUGGACUCCACCAGAGGGUCUUCAGGGAGUUAAAGUUACUUACACUGUGCAGUAUUUCAUAUAUGGGCAAAAGAAAUGGCUGAAUAAAUCAGAAUGCAGAAAUAUCAAUAGAACCUACUGUGAUCUUUCUGCUGAAACUUCUGACUACGAACACCAGUAUUAUGCCAAAGUUAAGGCCAUUUGCGGAACAAAGUGUUCCAAAUGGGCUGAAAGUGGACGGUUCUAUCCUUUUUUAGAAACACAAAUUGGCCCACCAGAGGUGGCACUGACUACAGAUGAGAAGUCCAUUUCUGUUGUCCUGACAGCUCCAGAGAAGUGGAAGAGAAAUCCAGAAGACCUUCCUGUUUCCAUGCAACAAAUAUACUCCAAUCUGAAGUAUAAUGUGUCUGUGUUGAAUACUAAAUCAAAUAGAACGUGGUCCCAGUGUGUGACCAACCACACACUGGUGCUCACCUGGCUAGAGCCGAACACUCUUUACUGCGUCCACGUGGAGUCCUUCGUCCCAGGGCCCCCUCGCCGUGCUCAGCCUUCUGAGAAGCAGUGUGCCAGGACUUUGAAAGAUCAAUCAUCAGAGUUCAAGGCUAAAAUCAUCUUCUGGUAUGUUUUGCCCGUAUCUGUUACCGUGUUUCUUUUUUCUGUGAUGGGCUAUUCCAUCUACCGAUAUAUCCACGUUGGCAAAGAGAAACACCCAGAAAAUUUGAUUUUGAUUUAUGGAAAUGAAUUUGACAAAAGAUUCUUUGUGCCUGCUGAAAAAAUCGUGAUUAACUUUAUCACCCUCAAUAUCUCGGAUGAUUCUAAAAUUUCUCAUCAGGAUAUGAGUUUACUGGGAAAAAGCAGUGAUGUAUCCAGCCUUAAUGAUCCUCAGCCCAGCGGGAACCUGAGGCCCCCUCAGGAGGAAGAGGAGGUGAAACAUUUAGGGUAUGCUUCGCAUUUGAUGGAAAUUUUUUGCGACUCUGAAGAAAACACGGAAGGUACUUCCCUCACCCAGCAAGAGUCCCUCAGCAGAACAAUACCCCCGGAUAAAACAGUCAUUGAAUAUGAAUAUGAUGUCAGAACCACUGACAUUUGUGCGGGGCCUGAAGAGCCGGAGCUCAGUUUGCAGGAGGAGGUGUCCACGCAAGGAACAUUAUUGGAGUCGCAGGCAGUGUUGGCAAUCUUGGGCCCGCAAACGUUGCAGUACUCAGACACCCCUCAGCUCCAAGACUUAGACCCCCCGGCGGGGGAGCACACAGACUCAGAGGAGGGGCCAGAGGAAGAGCCAUCGACAACCCUGGUCGACUGGGACCCCCAUACUGGCAGGCUGUGUAUUCCUUCACUGUCCAGCUUCAACCACGACUCAGAGGGCUGCGAGCCUUCUGAGGGGGUUGGGCUCGGGGAGGAGGGUCUUCUCUCUAGACUCUAUGAGGAACCGGCUCCAGACAGGCCACCAGGAGAAAAUGAAACCUAUCUCAUGCAAUUCAUGGAGGAAUGGGGGUUAUAUGUGCAAAUGGAAAACUGAUGCCAACACUUCUUUUGCCUUUUGUUUCCUGUGCAAACAAGUGAGUCACCCCUUUGAUCCCAGCCAUAAAGUACCUGGGAUGAAAGAAGUUUUUUCCAGUUUGUCAGUGUCUGUGAGAAUUACUUAUUUCUUUUCUCUAUUCUCAUAGCAUGUGUGUGAUUGGUUCAUGCAUGUAGGUCUCUUAACGACGGUGGUGGGCGCCUGGAGUCCAGGGGCUGGCCGGUUGUUCUAUGCAGAGAAAGCAGUCAAUAAAUGUUUGCCAGACUGGGUGCAGAAUUUA